GAUGAUUUUAGACAAAAUUAUGUUCGGGCAUUAUCUAUGAAUAAACCAAUUUUUAUUCUUGGUGACUUGAACUGCAACUUACUUAAAGAUUGCCCAGAGAAAAGAGCUAUUACAGAACUUUGCAAUGAUUUAAAUCUUAAGCAAAUAAUCAAGGAACCAACGAGGUUUACAGACACGUCGCAAUCGCUCAUCGAUGUUAUACUAGUUUCUACUGAAGCCGUAGUCCUUGAAAGCGGAGUAUUAGAUUCUGCAAUCAGCGAUCAUUUUCCAAUUUACGUAUCAACGAAACUGAAG